CUCUCUCCCCAACUAGGACACCUCUUUCGACUCUUCAUCACCUCGCGGCAUUUCUCAAGCGGUAGACCCGUUCUCUCUCAGGCUGCAGCUAGCCACUCCACUCCCCUCUUGGCCCCUUGAUUCACUCUUCCACCGCGCCAUUUAUCAACAAUGUCCAACCAGAUUAACCAAGGUCUCCAGGACUACUCCGCCUUGUUUCGGAGACUUUGAAACGCAUCUACCAAGAGACAGAGCGAGAUGAUGGUUCUCGCUUGAUCGAGCUGAAUGAACUCCGCAGUGUCAUCUUGUGCGGCCAAGGCACAACCACUCUCAACAACAUUCUUGAUGCCCAAGCCAAAGUGGACGCCGCGACCCGCAAUCUUGUAAGCCCGAAGCAAAGAGCUGUUUGAGCUGGAACGCUCCAUUGAAGAGAAUCGUUCUGCUUUGAAGCAGAAUAGGAUGACUUGGUGCGCGACCUUGACGCACAGCGUCGUGUUCUGGAGCAAGAGAAGAUGGAUCUUCAGAUCCAAAAGCAAGCCUUCCUUGAUGCCCAGGCUAUUUCCACUGAGACUCAAGACACGAUCUCGAAGACGGAGACUGCCCUCGCCGGUAUUAUGGCAGCCCAGAGCAAGUUUGAAUCAGACCUUGGCACACUGCUGAGGGCCAGUAAUGUCGGUAUGGAGAUGGCGCCUCCGCGAACAAGAGCCAGGACUCAAGACGGCACCGAAGUUGACAGGGUUCAACUUCCCCCCAAGGUGGUCGCGUUCCAAAGAAGCGGCUGUAACAUCUGACAUGUCUUGCUGGUGCCGCAGUUAUCAUUGAGGGCAGU